UUGCAGGUUGGAAAUAAGAAGCAACUUCAUCCUCUGUAGGUCUUCCUUGCAUCGAGACAAAAAGAGUAGAGAGUAGAGAAGUAAAGAUGAAUGAAUGACACCAUUAAAUUUCUCAUCAGAGUUUUUAUGACAUUCCAGAAAGACGAAAGAAGGUUUGAAGACUCAUUGGAGAGUGCACUUGAGCCCAGAGGGAAAAUGAACCCAGGAAAACCAGUUUGGGAAGGACUGGCGCUUUGUGAUCCUCUUCAGGAGAGCAAUGCAAUAGAUGAAAAAAAGGCAAGACAGAAGAUCCAGAGUGAAAAAACAGUUACUUUCCACACAAAGAGACAACCCUUCAGGGAGCUCCAGUAUCAGGAUGCUGAGGGUCCCUGAGGAAACUGCAACCGCCUCUACCAUCUUUGCAAUCAAUGGCUGAACCCAGAAAAACAUACAAAAGCCCAGAUGCUGGAUUUGGUAGUCCUGGAGCAGUUCCUGGCCAUUCUGCCUCUGGAGAUGGAACAUUGGUUGUGGGAAUGUGGAGCCGAAACCAGUUCCCAGGCAGUGGCUCUGGCUGAAGGCUUCCUCCUGAGUCAGGCGGAGGAGAAGGAGCAAGGAGAGUUGCAGAUAGAGGCGCCCCUUCAGGAAUUGAUGGCUGAGCAUCCUAAGGCAAGACGUGAUCCGUUAAAUCCUUGUCAGGAGAAUUUCAUUGGAGGAAUUUUUCCAAAGGAUCUUAAUCCAGACAUGCCACCAGGGGCAGAGAACAGAGACGUAUCUCAGCUCAUAGGAGAAACAUCUUCUCUUUCCGAUAAUGCAGAAGCACCUGUUGGCUUUCCAGGGCAGGUAGGAGGAAAAUUUCCUGUGCCCCCCCCCCCCCAAAGGAAAAAUGGUUAAGGCAAGAAGCGUCCUGGCUAUCUCCCACCUCCAUUUCAACCUUUGUUCCAACAUGGGACUCUUUCCAUCUCAGCAGGUCCAUGUG